ACUUUUCUUCUUCGUAUCGUUUUCCUUGUCCACCACGUAAGAGUUCCGAAAGCUCUCCUCGAACGAGUCGGAUCGGAAGUUACACAGACAGACAACGUUCUUCCUUUGCCUUCUUCGACGACGUUCUUCGCCUCCUUAGACGACGUUCUUUACCUCCUUCGACGACGACGGGAGAUCGCUUGUUGCGACGGAUUUAGCUUAAAUCUUGCGCCUAAAUCCUUCAUCCAAACAGGCCCUAGGGUUUCUUUUGGCCGCUCGAUCAUCUCCCUAGCUUCAAAUGGAGAAGAUUGGCUGGAAGCCGAGCGCGCUUUUUCUCACAGAUCUUGUAGCGGUUCCUAUACGGGAGGUACUAUCCUCGUUCGUGAACUCAGGGAGCGCCCCAGUCGCCGAAGAUGACGUCCUUGUUAUCACCCAAUGCAAUACCCUUCUGGGGAAGUUGCCAAUUGAGUCCGCAUCCUUGGAUGUCAUUAUCUCCGUUCUUCAAAUACCUGAUAUUGUUAAUGAGCAGUGGCUUGAAGAGAUAAAUAGAGUUCUUAAAUCCAGUGGAAAGAUUGUUGUUCAGUUGUCUCUGAAGUCCAGUGAGCACUUGAGUCAGACCUCGCUAGAGCGCAAAUUACUCGUAGCAGGAUUUGUCGAUGUGAUGCCGUUGGAGUCUAAACCAGUCUUGGUCUUGGAUGGCUCAUAUUCUCUGACGAUUAUUGGGAAAAAAGCUUCAUGGUCAAUGGGGUCUUCUUUUGUUCUCAAGAAAGCAACAAAGGCUCUUCCCAAGCUUAUGAUAGAUGAGGAAUCCGACCUUAUAGAUGAAGAUAGUCUCCUUACGGAGGAGGACCUGAAGAAACCACAAAUACCAGCUGUUAGUGACUGUGAAGUUGGGAGCACUAGGAAAGCUUGCAAAAAUUGCACUUGUGGGAGAGCUGAGGCUGAGCAAAAAGUGCAGCUGGGGUUAACUGUGGAGCAGAUAAAUAAUCCUCAAUCUGCUUGUGGCAGUUGUGGACUAGGGGAUGCAUUCAGAUGUAGUGGAUGCCCUUACAAAGGUCUCCCUCCAUUCAAAUUGGGAGAAAAGGUAUCACUUACAGGGAACUUUCUUCUGUCUGACAUAUGAGAUAGUCACUUAGCAUUGAAACAGGAUGGUAGCUUGAAUGAAAGAGUUUUUGUUAGGCUAAAAUAGGAGAAAUAGCAAACAGAAUCAAAUUCUUGUUGAAUGAUUAUCUAUCUAUCCCAUUUAGACAAGCAGGAGUGUUGCAUUUAAAAUUCAUACUAUAUUGUUUAUGAGAAGUGUACUGAAGAAUUUUGAGUGCCUGUUGGUCAUUAUUUUGUUCUUACUCUUUCAUUGUAAACUUCUAAUAUAAUUUUUUGUUAUUAGUAUGAUUUAUGCUAA